AUGUUAGCACUUAAAGUUGGCAUAAAUGAGCUCUUUUCUUCUGAAAGGUUAUUUGAAACAAAUUCACUGAAAAACUCAAUAUUUGAGAUAUACAGUAAAUUAUACCAUCUAAAAACAUUAGAGGAAAAAUCAACUUUUAAGAUAAAAGUAAUAGAAACAUUAUCAGGCAUAAUUUUAUGCUUUCAAAUGUUGAGUUUUUUAUGAAGCAGGAAUCUCUCGAUAUCAAAUUGAUCAGAUAAUAUGAUUUUAUGAGAAAUUAUUGGGUAUUUUAGGCUUGAUAAUAUAUGUUCAGAAUUUGGAAUUAUCCGUGAAUGCCUUUAUUUAUCAAUUACAACUACUUUUAUGCUUGGAACUAUCAUUAUUUACUUAGUAAUUAGCACUUAUUUUUCGCUAACCUUCCCCUCCGCUACGAACAAAACCAUUAAAAAAAUACCUAUUUUUUGCCCAAAACCCCACCCUCCAUGAGCAAACAAAAAUUUUUUUGUGAAAAAAAAUUUUGAUAUAUUAGUAUAAUGAAAUCUCUAAUUUUUCUGUUUAAAUUUGAACAGUUUACAUUUUAAAACAUAAAUUUUACAAAUUAAAUUAAUUUUAUGAAUUGGAAUUUUUAAAUUCCAAAAAAACAAUUUAUAAUAAAAAAUUUUAAAGAAAAAAUCAGCUAAAAAUAUAUUUUUCCUCUCUCAUGGAGGAGGGGGAGUAAGUAUUUUCAAGUUAUUUGACAUAUUUAGAUUAGUUUUCGAUGUUUGAUUAACUAUAUUUUUAAUGCCUUCAAUGAUUCUGUAUUCAGUUUUUUUAAAAUAUAGCAUUUGACCUCAAAAAUAUAUUUCAGAGUAUAAAAAUGGAAACCACAUAGAGGAUUUUGAAAUCAGCACCAGAUUACAGAUUGUGAUAGUUUUGGCAUUAGCAAUAGACUUUCAUUUGCUUUAUUUUUAUACUCAGUUUUCAAGUGAAAUCAGGCAUUCUGAAAGUAGUAAAACUAUAAAAGCAAAGGCCCAUUCAAAAAUUGAUAGCCAUAUAGCUAUUUUUACUUAUUUUUCGCCAAUAUUUUAUGCGAUUCUUAAUGAAAAAUAUAUCAUUUAUUUUCAGUUUUUUGCUAUGAUUACUUCAAUAAUUGUAAUGAUUGAAUCUGAAAUACUUUUACCUUAUUUUUCUCUUUAUUUCAGUUUGACACGAAUUUUCCAACUUUUUACUAUUGCUUUGGCUUCAUCUGGAUUUGUUUUAGGGUAUUGAAUGGAUAAUUGGCUAGUUAUUAUUUUUAUUUUAAUCAUUUUGGGACCAAUAUCAGCAAUUUUUGUGAUACAAUUUACUAUAAAACGCCAAAGACAAAUAAACACGGUAGCUUUAACUUCUAUGGAAGAUAUAAGUUCGAAAUACGAACUAGAGAAAAGACUAUCCUCCAACAAAAGCAGAUUAUUUUAUUUCAAAAAAAUUAGUUCAGGCUCAUUUUAUUACGAGUAAAUUUUUAAAUAGUAUUGCUUUAAACCCUUUAAAACUUGAACCAAAACAUAAAAAUAUAUUUAAAUUAUAGAUUAUUUAAUGUAGAAUAAAUUUAUUUAUUAUUAAAUAAAGGUAGUAAGAUAUUGGUUGUGCUGUAAUAGUAUAGAACAUAAGGACGAAAUAAUCCACACCUUCGAAAAUUAUUUUCUAAAAAAUAAUUCACAUGAAGAUAAGCUUCCUAUUAUUUGAUUAGCAAACUAUUGUUUUUUUACUUUAAAAGACGAGCCUUUAGCAAAAGUCAAGCUAAGUAAAACUAAAACAAUUUCAAGCUGAAAUUUAGAAGCUGAAUUCCAAAAAUAUUUAUGCAAUAAAAAUAUCAAUGAGCCUACAUCAAAUGAAAGCUUGCAAUUAAUCAACUAUUACCAACAAUUAAAUUUACUAAAAAAGAAAGAUUCAAAACUAUGCAUCUAUUUAUUAAAAUUUUGGGAAGAAUUAACUGCAACAAAACCGAAUCUUAGAAGAUUGAUAAAUAAACUGAAAUGGAUUGAUGAAAACAUUUUAUAUUUGAAUAAUCAAUACAAACAGUUGAUAGUGGAAUUCUUGGAUUCCCGAGAAGGCUUAAUGCUUUAUACCACAUAUGCAAAAGAUGUUGUUUACGAUUAUGAAAAAUCAAAUUUACUAGAAAUUAAACUAACUCCCCCUCCGUGAGUGAACAAAAAAAUUUUGUUCACUCACAGGUUAAUUUUUUUUUCGAAAUUUUAAAAAAAAAUCCUAAUUUGCAAAAAUUGGGAAGCUAAUAUGAAUUUAAUUUAUAUAAAAUUUAUGUUUUAAAACGCAAUUUGUUUAAAAUUAAAACAGAAUUAGCUCGAGAUUUCAUUAUAUAAUUAUCACUUAUAUAUCAAUUUUUUUCAUAAAAAUUUUUUUCUAUUAAAAAAUUUUUGUUUAUUUCACGGAGGACGAGCUUUUGGGCAAAAAAUAGGGAUUUUUCUAAUGGUUUUGUUCACUCACGGAGGGGGAGUAAGAGGAUUGACUGGUCAAAGUACUUCAAAUAGUGACUUAAAAAGAUUUAGCUUUUUAAAUGACUCUAGUGGCAUUUUGAUAAUAUCUGGGGAACCAGACGAUUUUGGAAGAGUUUUAUUCUCAAAUCCAAAAUCUGCUGAAAUUCUUAAAACUUCUAUUGGCAGCUUAGAAGAGAGCAAUAUAAUCGAUUUUUUUCAUAAUUAUUACUAUGAUAGCCUAAAAGAAGAAAUGAAAUGGCUCAUUCAUUAUGGCUCAAGCUCUGAAAUUGAUUUAGGCAAAGGUUUCUUUUUGAAUAUACCAGGAAAAUAUUUACUUUCGUGUACAGGAAAAGCAGUAAUUACUUCAAUUGGCAAUAAUCUUGCUUUUAUAUUAAACUUCCAACUAAAACAAAUAAAGCGCGAAUUUGCACUUUUAUCAGAAACUGGAGAAAUUUUAUGCUGCUCAGAAUAUUUUUCACAUUUGAUUGAAAAAUCCAAUGAGAAUUUGAUAGGCUAUAACAUUAAGGAUUUAUUUUCUGAUGCAGAAAUGCAUGAGUCUACAUUAAUUUUUCAAUCAAAAAACAAAGAAACUAUUUUAGUGAUAUCUCAUACACAAUUUUAUAAAAUAAAAGUCUUUUAUGCUACUCUCAUGAACGACUAUGAAGAAAUCCAAAGGUGAAAAAAUAAAAAUAAUCACCACUAUAGCAAGAUAAGGGAAAAAAUGCAUAAACAUCAUUUAAGCCAUGAUGAACAUGCAAAGGGAUCUGCUAAAACUUAUCAAAAAUCAGACGAAAAAUAUUUAAAUUCAGAAAUAAAACUAAUUGAGACAAAUCCUUAUGAAGCUUCAGAAGCCUUUGAAAAAAAUUCUGUAAGCAAGUCAUCGGAUGCAAAAUCUCAAAUUACAAGUGAAAGAAAAUUUUUCAAAAUGAUAAAAAUUUCUUCUAGGUCAAUAAAUGUUUUGCAUUUUGCUUUUAUUUUAUCAGUAACUUCUAUAUAGAUUAUAGCUGUUUUAACUACAAAUAUUGUAGUUCUCUUUUAUGCCUUUUCUUAUAUAGGUUUUAUAAAAAACAUGGAUUUUCCUAUGGCUAUAGCUCAAGCCGAGUCAAGAUUACAAAUUGCAGCUUUCACUGCACAGCUACUAUGAGUACUUACUCUUUAUGAAGAUCCUACUGUAAAAAAUGAUAUAUUAGCAGUACAAACCUUAUUACCCGGUUACAUAAACGACGUAAGAGACAUUUAUAUGGAUAUUGCUGCUAAUUUACCAAAAUGAAAUUAUUGCUCAAGCAAGUCAAUUUUGACUGAUAAGAGUAUCAAUGUAUGGAACUUAGGUCAAAUAAAGAGAGAAAGUUUAUUCGAUAUGCUGUCCCAGUCUGCUCAGCAAGUAAUAAACAAUAUAGGGAUAUGACUUAUUAAGAAAGUAUAACAACUCUGAAGAUUAUACCAAUGAAAUUAGAUUUUUGAAGAUGAAUGGAUAUGGGGACGGAUUUCAGUAUAUUAAUAAAUCACUAUAUGAAAUAAUGGAUUGCCAAAAGUCACUUAUGCUUGACUUUAAAUCAGAAGUGUUUGUUCUCCUCAUAUUAGGAAUUGGGGUUCUGGGCUUAUGUCUGAUAGUUAUGAUCCCAUUUUGCUAUUCUGUGGUUACAAUUGAAAACAAUUUUUGGAAUAAUUUAAGAAAAAAAGCAUUUCAGAAUUACUCAGAAAUGAAACAAACACUUUUAGAAAGAUUAAGGAACAUUCAUGCUCAGCCUGAUAUUCUCUCUAGUAGCAAAAACCCUUCUAAGAAAAUAUUCAGCUUUAAAAAUUAUUGGAAAUAUAUAUGAAGAAUUUGCAUUUACUUUAUAAUUGUUACAGGAUUUUCUUUAAUUAAUAUUACCUACCUCUAUGAAAAUUGCUCAAACUAUUUAACUUAUAGACCUGAAGUAAUCCGAGAAUUAAUUCGUACCAAAAUACUUAUAAAUACCUUUAUUAUAGCUGCAUCAGAUUUGCAAUAUUAUGUUCUCGGAUUUCCUCUAGAUUAUUUGUUUAAUACGCAUAAUUAUAAAAAUAGUUUUGCGAUUUUUGAGCAAUCUGUGGUAUCUAUUGGAGAUUCAAGAUUAACCUUAAUUCUCCCACCAAUGAGCUAGCAAAAAGAAUUUUACUGAAGGUUAAUAAAAAAUUUAUAUAUAUGAAUAUUAGAGUAAAUUAUUGUUUUCGGGAUCAAAAAUCCUUUGGAAAGUAAAAAUUAAUUAAAUUUGCAAAAAAUUUAAGUCUUAAUAUACUAGCUGUUUCAAAUUAAAUUAAAUUAGACAGAGAUUUCUUAUAUUGAUUAUCACUUAUAUAUCAAAAUAUUUUUUCAUAAAACUUUUUAUAUUAAAUAAUUUUUGUUCACUCGCAUAGCGGGUUUUCUCUAAAAAUAGGUAUUUAUCUAAUAUGUUUAUUGCUUACUGAAGGGAAGUAAGAAAUCCUAAAUAUUCACCCAUUUUAUCAAAUGAUUUUAAAAAGGCUUACUAUAAAAGUGACAGUCAGCCAUAUACACAUUAUUUAGAUUAUGGUGGUUAUGCUGCGGAAGAAGAAUUAAUAAAUGCUGGCUAUCAAGUUGCAAGUAUAAAUGUAAAUAAUGAUGCGACGUAUAGAAAUUGAAUAUAUAAUAUGACACUUUUCAGAAAGAAUUAUGAUAAAUAUGUUGAUGAAAUCAAUAACUAUUCUCAAAGUGUGAUUGAGCAUCAAAUGAAUAUUAUAAUUGCAGCAUUUUCUAUUUUUGUCGUGGCCUCGAUUAUAAUAUAUUUUAUAUUGUAUUUCUUAUUUUUUAAGAACGAAAAGAAAUAUUUACAAAAAAUUAAUUCGAUGAUAAAAUUUAUGCCGGUAUAA